AUGCAUUCAUCUGAUAUUAUUGCUAUUGGUGCAGUUAUUUUGGUGGCUUUACUGUAUCAUUAUAAAAACACAAUUUUAGAAAUUAUUUUUUCUGAUGAUAGCGAUAUCAGUGUUGAAGGGGGUGGUGGUCGUGAUAUUGCUCAAGUAAUUCGGGAUAAUAAUAAGAAUUAUUUGGUACUAUACGGCACUCAAACUGGUACUGCUGAGGAUUAUGCCAAAAGAUUUUCCAAAGAAUUGGUUAACAAGUUUGGGUUAAAUGUUUUAUGUGUGGAUGUGGAAAAUUAUGACUUCGAUACCUUAAAUGAAUUACCAGAGGAUGUUAUCGUGUCAUUUUUCUUUUCUACCUAUGGUGAAGGUGAAUUCCCAGAUGGUGCUAUUGGAUUUGAGCAAUAUUUACAAAAUGCCUCAAUGGGCAGUUUAAGUAAUAUUAGGUUCACAUUAUUUGGCCUGGGUAAUUCUACUUACGAAUUCUUUAAUGGUGCCUCUAAAAAAGCUUUAGAGGGUUUAACUGCUGCUGGUGCUAUUCAAGUGUCUGCCAUUGGUGAAGCAGAUGACGCAAACGGCACUACUGAUGAAGAUUAUUUAUCUUGGAAGGAAAACACUUUUGAUAAAUUAAAAGAACUACUAAAUUUGAAGGAAAGCAACGAUGGAUUUAAACCUUCUUACAAGAUAAAUAUUUUGGAUAAAAUGCCCACAAACGCUUCAACAGGUGAACCUUCUAAAAAUUAUAUCGAUAGUUCCAGAAUUAAAUAUGAUUCAAAUGGUUUACAAAUGGGACCUUUCAGUGAAUCUUAUCCCUUCUUAGCCCCUGUAAAGACAUCUCGCGAAUUGUUUAACUCUAAUGACCGUAACUGCAUUCAUAUGGAAAUUGAUAUUAGUGGUUCCAAUAUGAACUAUUCCACUGGGGAUCAUUUAGGUGUUUUACCUUCCAACUCUAAUGAAAACGUGGAAAGCUUUAUAAAUACCUUUUGCCUUGAUCCUAACAUGAUUUUUGAAUUGAACUCAAUUGAUUCUACCAUGAAACUCCCAUUCCCAACUCCAACUACUGUCGAGUCAGCAAUAAGAUAUUACUUGGAAAUUUCAGGCCCAAUUUCUAGAGCGAUCUUAUCUAACCUUGUGGAGUUUGCCCCCGAUGAAACUACAAAAUUGAAAUUACUAAAAUUAUCCAAGGAUAAGAAACUAUUUGAAAAAGAAGUUACAUCCAAAAAAUUAAAUUUAUGUGAUAUUUUAAUGGUUUUAUCUGGAAAAGUUAAAUGGGGUAAUGUACCAUUUCUAUUCCUAAUUGAAAACAUCCCUCACAUUCAACCACGUUAUUACUCAAUUUCAUCAUCAUCUAAUUCAGAAAAGACUUUAGUUAAUAUUACAGCCGUAGUAGAAGAUAUGCCAAAUAUAGAAACAAAUAUUAAUGUCACAGGUGUAACCACAAACUUAUUGAGGAAUAUUCAACUAGAACAAAAUAAAACCGAUACAACUGAUGCUAGAAUAAACAAUUUAAAUCAACAUUAUGAUUUAGAUGGUCCACGUAGUUUAUAUUCUAAUUUCAAAUUACCAGUAUUUGUGAGAAAAUCUACAUUUAGAUUACCGGCUAAUUACCAAAAGCCUGUGAUUAUGAUUGGACCAGGUACAGGUGUUGCACCAUUCCGUGGGUUUAUUAGAGAUCGUGUUUAUGAAGUUUCUAAUGGCAAAAUUCCAGAUUUAAACUCCUUGGGUAAACAUUUAUUAUUUUAUGGCUCAAGAAAUGAAAGCGAUCAUUUAUAUCAAGAAGAAUGGCCAAAAUAUUCUUCCAUACUGAAUAAGAAAUUUGAAAUGAUAGUUUGUCAUUCAAGAAUCCCCAAUACCAAGAAAGUUUAUGUUCAAGAUAAGCUGUUAGAAUAUAGUAAAGAAAUUUUGCAAUUACUAAAUGACGGUGGCUAUAUAUAUAUUUGUGGUGAUGCCAAGGGUAUGGCCAAAGGUGUUCAUGCAUCUUUAGUGCAAAUUCUUUCCCAAGGUAAGGGUAUCUCUGAAGAGGAAAGUAAUGAAAUAUUGAAAGCUAUGAAACUUUCAGGUACUAUACAAGAAGAUGUUUGGUGA